AUGCACUCGUCCCUCUGGUACCAUCUGCUGGCCUUUGGUCUGCCCCUCGGUCUCGCCGCCGCCGCUUCCGACGACUCCAAGGGCAAGAAGGAGGACCGCGUACCCUGCACCAUCCGCUCGCCAACAUCCGGCGCCUUCUUCGACCUCAAUCCCAUACAUGUCAUCCUACCCGAAGACCUCAAGAAAGCAAGCAAAGAUGCCCGGAACGAGUCUUGGUCUGCUCGAGGCUACGACUACGGCGCCAACUUCACCCUCAACUUCUGCGGUCCAGUCGUCGAGAACCUGACAAAUGUCGUCGGCGUCGAUGAGGCGAGGUGGCAGAAUGUCAGCGCUUUCUACCAACUUGACGGAAAGACAUACAGUAUAGGCCAACAAAGCUCCGAACCCGUCUUCCGUGGCCGCAAACUCGUCUUGAACUAUACCGAUGGAUCGCCAUGCCCGGACACUCCUACAUCUUCCCUCCUCACUCGCAGCAAGGAGCCCUCGACCCACCUCACUCGCCGCAAGAACACAAUCAUCUCUCUGCUCUGCAACACCGAUCCCCUGGCUCCUCUCAACACCGUCUCCUUUGUCGCUUCUCCCGACAGCUGCACAUACAUCUUCGAGGCCCGCUCUUCGGCAGCCUGCGGAGGCAUCGAGGUCGCCAAACAGCAGCUCGGUCCCAGCGGUGUCUUUGGUGUCAUCGCUUUGAUUGCAGUAAUAGUCUACGUUGUUGGUGGUUGUGUCUACCAACGCACUGUCAUGCACCAGAGAGGCUGGAGGCAGCUGCCAAACUACUCACUAUGGGCCGGCAUUGCCAGUUUUGUCUCGGACAUGUUUAUCAUUCUCUUUUCCUCAUGCGCCCGCUUCCUGCCCGGUCGCAAGGGGUACAGCAGAGUGGGCAGCAACUUCAACAACGGCUCCAGCGCCGGAAGACGCGGUCGCUCAAACUCGGACGACGAGAACAGAUUGAUCGACAACCUGGACGAGGAGUGGGAAGACUAG